CAAGGCCAUUAUGGUGAGAAAAAACCCUUCCUCCACCAUCUUCACUCCCCCAUCAACGACUCUCUCUGCCCACGACCUACCCAAAAACCGAAAACCAGAAUUCCUCUGCCCAAUGGUUAUCUCCGUCUUCUUCCACCUAUAAAACCAAAAUUUCUCUCCCAAAAACACCAUUGUUCUCCAUCUUCUUCCACCUCUAAAACCAACACCCAUUUCCUCAUCCAAAUCGCAGAAAAAAAGCUCAGAGCAUGAAGAGGCAAAAGACCAUUCCACCCAACAACACCAACAACAUGAACAACAACAAUGGCAGCAACAAUGGCAACAACAACGUCUUCCAUGUUCUGUCCGAUGAAAUCAUAUUCAUAAUCCUCGACUGCCUCGAGCAAAACCCAAUUGACAAAAAGUCCUUCUCUUUGGUCUGCAAGUCCUUCCACGCCGCAGAAUCCAAGCACCGCAAGAAGCUCAAGCCUUUGCGCUCCGACCACCUCCCGAGAGUCCUCCGCCGGUACCCAAAUGUCACCCACGUUGAUCUCACGCUCUGCCCGCGAGUCCCGGACGCCUCCCUCGCCGCCGUCUCAAAUGCCUGCAGGUCCACCCUCCGUUCGAUAGAUCUUUCGCGGUCGAAUUGCUUUUCCGGAACUGGGUUGCUGAGUUUGACUGCGAAUUGCAAGAAUCUGGUGGAGAUCAACCUGUCGAACGCCACCGAGCUCAGAGACUCCGCGGCGGCGGCUCUGGCGGAGGCGAAGAACUUGGAGAAGCUGUGGCUGGGGAGGUGUAAGAUGAUUACGGAUAUGGGUGUUGGGUGUAUUGCAGUUGGUUGCAAAAAGCUGAGAUUGAUUAAUUUGAAAUGGUGCCUCCGUGUUACCGACUUGGGGGUCGGAUUGCUUGCUGUUAAGUGUAAAGAUCUUCAAAGUUUGGAUCUCUCUUACUUGCCGAUCACAGAUAAAUGCUUGCCGUCGAUCUUCGAGUUACAAUAUCUUGAAGAUUUGGUUCUAGAAGGAUGCUUCGGCAUCGACGAUGACAGCCUUUCUACCUUCAAACAUGGGUGCAAGUCGCUUAAGAAACUUGAGAUAUCUAGCUGUCAGAACAUUAGUCAUGUUGGGUUGUCCGCCCUAGCAAGCUGUAGUGAAGGAUGUUUAGAGCAACUCGUGUUGUCAUAUGGCUCUCCUGUAACUCUUGCUCUUGCUGACAGUUUGGAAAAGCUUCCAACGUUGCAGUCAAUCAAAUUAGACGGUUGCCUGGUUACCUGCGCUGGACUAAAAUCCAUCGGAAACUGGUGUGUUUCACUAAGGGAGCUGAGCUUAAGUAAAUGUGUGGAGGUGACCGAUGAGGGUCUGUCCUCCAUUUUGAAAAAGCACAAGGAUUUGCGGAAGCUAGACAUCACAUGCUGCCGAAAGAUAACUUAUGCUUCUAUUGCCCAGAUUUCUGAGUCGUGUACGGCACUCACUUCUCUUAAGAUGGAGUCAUGUACCCUGGUUCCUCGAGAAGCAUUUGUCCUCAUUGGACAGAGAUGCCAAACUCUUGAGGAGAUUGACAUAACAGAUAAUGAAGUCGACGACGAAGGUCUGAAUUCCAUCUCUAGAUGUUCCGAACUCUCCAGCUUAAAACUAGGAAUUUGCCUGAAUAUAACUGACAAAGGAGUCGUGAACAUUGGCAUGCGCUGUAUGAAACUCUUAGAGCUCGAUCUAUACAGAUGCACAGGAAUUUCAGACUCAAGCAUGUCAGCUAUUGCUAGAGGUUGUCCUGGACUUGAGAUGAUUAACAUAGCCUACUGCAAAGACAUUACUGAUAGUUCGUUAAUCUCGUUGUCAAAAUGCUCAAGUUUGAACACCAUUGAAAGUCGAGGAUGUCCUCUUAUCACAUCUUUGGGUCUAGCAGCAAUUGCUAUGGGAUGCAAGCAACUGACCAAGCUGGACGUAAAGAAGUGUUCAAAUAUUGAUGAUGCUGGGAUGAUCCCACUUGCUCACUUUUCUCAGAACCUUAGACAAAUUAAUUUGUCAUAUAGCUCAGUUACAGAUGUGGGGCUGUUAUCCUUAGCCAGUAUCAGUUGCCUACAGAGCUUAACCAUCUUGCACUUGAAGGGCUUGAGCCCUAAUGGACUGGCAGCUGCCUUAUUGGCCUGCGGGGGGCUAACUAAAGUAAAGCUCCAAACAACCUUCAAGUCAUUGCUACCCCAUGCUCUUUUCGAACAUUUAGAAGCGCGCGGUUGUGUGUUUCAGUGGAGAGAUAAAUUCUUCAGGGCAGAAUUGGACCCUCAAUGUUGGAAAAUACAGUUAGAAGACAUCAUGCAAUGAGUUUUCCCACGACAAUUUCGGUUGAGAUGUUUAGGUUCUUUGGACUCUGUUGUGAAGAAGGCAAAAGUCCUCGGGUUGCUCGAUGUGUAGGACUGGUUUUUUCUUUUAGUUGUCACAGCUUACUGGAUGCAUUUACAAGUUUUUCGAAGUUGCGAAGCCCAGAAACGGGGGCUUUGCUAUGUAAUCUCUUGACUCUGCCACCAAUCUUACCAAAUCCGUUGAAAAGUUUAAUGGAUGGAUGGUUUGGAUGCAAUGUUAAAUGUUCAUUUUCCUUAUAGCUAACGUACGUUAUCAACUAAUGAGUUUGGUUACUGUGAUAUUCGGAGCACGACUUUGGACCAGUUUGAUUUAUGAGAUUCAUGUAUGAAAGUGGUGAGUAAAACGUUUUCCUUAUUUGAGAAA